ACAACGUGGAGGAAAAUGUCCCGGACUAUAACGUCAGGUCCAAAACAACGCAAAUGUCCAUCGUGACAGAGCCUGCUGCCAUCGAUCCCGCGGUGUUACGCGACAUGUAUCGUAACCUGAACCAAAAGCAAGCGUCCGUCUUCUACAAGGUCAGAGAUUGGUGCAUAAAACGUGUGUGUAGCUCAAAGCCCAUUGAGCAGUUCUUCUACCACAUCAACGGUGGCGCCGGGACCGGCAAAUCUCAUCUCAUCAAGUGUAUCCACGCUGAGGCUACCAAAAUACUGCAGAGACUACCACGACUGGCUGAGGAGGCCGACAUUUCCAAGCAAACGGUUGUUCUCGCAGCUUUCACUGGCACGGCUGCGUUCAACAUUUCCGGGGCAACGUUGCAUUGUCUACUCAAACUGCCGAGAAGUCUCAAACCCCCGUACCACGGGCUGGGCAAUAAACUGGACGAAGUCAGAGCCGAGCUGUCCAUCGCCGAAAUACUCAUCAUCGAUGAGAUUUCCAUGGUGUCGAAAGACCUCUUCGCCUACGUGAAUGCCAGGUUGAAACAAAUCAAAGGAAUUAAUUUACCUUUCGGUGGCAUGUCUGUUCUUGCUGUUGGAGAUUUCUUUCAGCUCCCUCCCGUGAGACAGUCCAAACCUCUGUGCGUGUACGAUCCUACGCGGCUGGACCACUGGCGUGACGACUUCAAAAAGAUCACGCUCACCGCCAUCAUGAGGCAGAAAGAAGAUGUCGCCUUUGCCGAACUGCUGAACCGACUUCGCGUCAAAGAAAAGUCAGAUGAACUGUCGGAAAUGGACAGAGCUCUCCUUGCCACGAGGUGGAUGGCCAUAACUCUGCGAUGCUGGAACUGCUUCAUAAGGACAUUGUGCAGAUUGACGCGGAUGACUACAAGAAAGACAAAGGAACUGGCAGAAUGGCAAGGCAAGCUUCCCCUGUGCAAGGCGCUAAGAAUGAGCUUCCGGACUCCAUCAAAGUUGCCCUGGGUGCUCGUGUUAUGAUCACACGGAACGUUGAUGUUCAAUCAGGUCUGUGCAACGGGAUGUUUGCAAAAGUUGUCAAAUUGGUGAACUAUCCAAAUGAAGCCCGUGUGCAGAAACUUGGGUUGGAACUCGAUCAUGUGAGUAACGAUGCGCGUGCUGCUAACCCCGUGUACAUUGACAGACUGGAGGAGAAGCUGAACAAGGCUGGAGUGACGCGCCGACAGUUUCCCAUCAAGCUUGCUUUUGCACGAUCCACAAGGUACAAGGCAUGACAACGUCACAGGCUGCAGUUUCGCUGAAAGGUGUUUUCGAACACGGCAUGGGGUACGUAGCUCUGAGUAGAGUGACUUCGCUCAGUGGUCUGCAUAUUCUGCAUAUGGAUGAGAGAAGGCUUCAUGCAAAUCCACAAAUCACUGCUGCUCUUGCUGAGAUGGCAGAGGAUUCUUUGGAGAGCGUCAUGCCCCUCCUUCACGUGAUGCCGUCGGUAGAUCGGGCAAAUCACCUGGUUGUCGUCCAUCAUAACACCGAAGGGCUGUCUUGUCACGUGCAAGAUAUCGUGUCUCAUCACAAACUGCUUUUCGCUGAUGUUUUGUGCUUCACAGAGACACACCUCCAAGGAUCAGUGGCCGAUGGACGUGCUUGCUUGGAAGGCUACACGAUGUUUUGCAGGAACCGAAGUGAUUCUUACACAAACUGUCCUGACUUGGCGACAAAACGUGGUGGCGGCGUAGGUAUUUGUGUCAAAAGUCACAUCGCGGCCCAGGAAAAGAAAUACGUUCAGGGUGUGACCGACAUUGAAUUUGUUGUGGUGAAACUUGAAGAUCCCCUCAAUGUGUUGAUUGCUGCCGUUUACAGGCCUCCAGGCAACAGUCUGCGCACUUUUCUGCCAAGCUUGGGAAAUCUCUUGCGGUACCUUGAAGUAAUGGAGCAUCAUCAGAUCUUGGUAUGUGGAGAUUUUAAUGAAGAUAUGCUAUCUGCCUCAUUCAAGCCCAUUCUUGAUUUGUUCCGCUCGAAAGGCUACACGCAACUCAUAGCCACUGCUACCACUGACAAAAACACAUUGCUUGACCUCAUUUUUGUCUCUCGACCUCAGUGUGCCCUUCAUUCAGGUGUCCUGCAAACGUACUACAGCUAUCACAAUCCUGUUUUCUGUGUUUUGACCAGUGAAAGGUAAGUCACAGCUAAAUCAUGCGGUUCAGCAUUUUCUAAAACAACAAGGAUGGAAAUCGAAACGUGAAUGGUGUCGUAAGUGUAUAAUAAUAGUGGUGGGAUGCGGUGGGUGAUUUGUUGACUUGAGGAAAGAUGGGAUCCGGAGUGGAAGUGCUCAUUACUUGACCUCUUUUUCUUUCUCUCGGCCUCUGUGCU